CAUUACCUGAUGAUGCUGUAGUACAGCGAAAGCUCGGAUUCACGAUAUACAUUUUCAACAUCAUAGCAGCAGCCUUGGCUACAUUUGUAUACAUUCUUUUUCUGAUCACAAUCAUGCUGCUAAAGGAUACCUUCACUCGUCUAAUCAUGAUUAUUUCAAAAAGAGAUUGCUGUGGACCGCCAUCGUUACCGUUACAUGACAAUUCUUCGCAAAGAGCGUGCGUAUUAGAGUUUAGAUAAAAAAAGCCGCUAAUUCAAAGGACCCAUCAAAAAACUCGUGGGUUUUUAACUUUCAUUAUUGAACAUACACGUCACGUUGCUCGUUUACAGCAAUUGUUUCAAGCAGUAUUGCUCGUUUUUAAUUAUAAUGAGCAGACCUCGGUUAUUGGUAUUCAUGUUGAUUAUUCUGUCUUUUGUCGUGUACUGUUUGCUUUAUUUCUUUACAUCGCAUCAAGACUUUAUUCAUGAGACGACCUACCAGCAAAACACUGAACAAAUAUACAUCAAUGACAUGGAAACGUUCAAAAACCACGACAACAUGGACCAAAUGAUGGCCAUUAGAGUUAACAACUUCAGCAGAGAUGAUUUAGCGACGGUGGAUUUUGUUUGCGCUUCAGAAAUAUUCAUUUCGGAAUGCCCAAAUGCAGGUUUAGGAGGAAUUCUCCUUCAAACUCUUGAUCACAUUAAUUUAUGCGAGAACCUCGGAGCUGUACCGACAAUCUUCUGGCGACAGUGCGAAUCGAUCUGUCCAAGCGAUCCUACAGUAAACGCAUGGGAAAUGUUUUUCGAGCCUGUCAAUCCGAAAAUCGAACAAAAAGCAAAGACAGUCUUUUGUUUUGGAGGUCAAUCCGGCCCAUCUGUGUUAGGGAUUAAAAAUCUUGACAAAACAAAACCUAUGGAAGAUUUAAUUAACCUAACUUUUCGACCAAAACUUUCUAUAGGGUACGAAGAAACAGGAAUUAUUACUCGUGAUGUCCAAAUAAAAACCAACAAACUGAUUGAAAAGUAUGUCAAAAUACUGCCAAAGAUUCAAACCGCAGUUGAACAAUUUUACUCCAGAUACUUGGCCAAGUUUCAUGCUGUUGCUGUCCAUGUAAGAGGAACAGACCAUCGACUAGAAACAGGCAACGGGCAGCUAGCUCCUCUCAGCUCAUACAUCCAGAACAUUAAAGACUUUCUCCUUUACAAAUCAAAAGUUAACAGAAUAUUUGUUGCAACUGACAAUUCAGAAACCAUCGAAACCUUUGUUCAAGAAUUUGAAGACAAGGUUGUUUACACCAAAGCGUUUCGGGCCAAAGCAUAUGAUGGUUUGCCUGUACAUGCAUCUGGUUUCGAUGCAUACAAGCUUGGAUCUGAGGUUCUUGUAGAUAUUCUUCUUAUGGCCAAAUGCAAGUAUUUCUUUCAUAUGGAGUCAAGUGUGGCAGCGUUAGUGACGUACUUUAACCCUCGUAUUGAAUCACACUUCGUUAAACAUUCAAUCCCUACAGACGUCACUUCGAGCAGUUUGACAACAAACAGUCCUCAUUCUUCCAAUAAACACCAGCAAAACAUCCACCACAUCGCUAAUGCACUAGACCAUGAUGGCAUAAACGAUUCAAGAGAACAACAAGAAGAAGAGAAAGAUCAAGAGGACAGUUUUAAGUGUUUCUUGGAAAACAGACGCUACAGUGUAUGUCCAAACUUCCACACAGGAAAAGUUGCACGAUUGAAAGACGUGUUGGAAAUGACAAUUAAAAAUAAAAGAAUGGUUUCCUAUGAUCUGUAAAACAGAAAAUAUUGUUAUAUCAAAAAUGCUUUGAGUCUGUAGUGACUCAAAAAAGCAAUGAAAAAUUGAAAUGUAGUGUGGUGAAAAAAAAAAGAAAAAAAGAAAAAAAAGAGAGAGCGAAAAAGGGAAAAGAAUGAAUCUUCAUGAAAAAAUGUAGAUUCAAUGUUGAUCAAGAUACGAUGUUUUCCUUGACAUACCAUGACCAAUAUAUAUAGUCUAUAGACAAAAGCAAGUUACAAAUGCUGACUUAGACAAAACUUUCGCUACUCUGCACGUUCUUGAGUAUCAUCUCUUUAUUAGGGGUCAUGGGUAAACACCCAUUAUACUAUUCAAAAAAUUAUAGAUAAAGUAUAAAAAAGAAAAAGUAUAGCUGCAAUGUUCGUCUCUAUCUAGAGAAAGGAAUUGAGUAAAUUGAACAAUUAAACUGUAAAUAUAUCCUAGUACACUGAAAAUGAAAAUGAAAAUUAACAAACAAAUAACAGCAGCAGCAACAGCAUACACUUCACGAUACUCAGACAACUCAGGAAAUGCAAGCUUCCCGUGUGUGUAUUUCACUUUUGCAAUAGCAAUCUCCAUAAAAUGAAUCUCCAAUAAAAUAACUAUCCAAAGUCAGCCAACCAGACGUGCUGACUUCCUAUUUUCAGUUGAAACAAUCAUGCGACGUUCUCUUGUUUUCUUGGCUGUUGCGUGCGUGGCUAUUGCACAAGCACUGGACAACAGGCAAAAUGAAUUGAAAGAUGCCAAAACUUACAGUGCAUUGG